GUGGAGAAGAGGCAGGGGUCGCGAUGCCGAGCGGCUGCAGCAGCCUCGCCGGCAACGUGACGCGCCGACGACGGAGGCUCGCCGUCAGGCCCACAUAGGACACAUCGCACAUACACGCAUCCAACCGCUGUACCGAGCGGUAUCGAGAACUCGCCAUCAGCAGCAGCUAAGACGUGCGCGGAUAAAACAAAGGGGCGUGGAUGCAGCGUUCGUGAAUCAUCCUCGAGACAAGACGGACUUUUGUAAGGUGGAGGCGCAUAUUAUACUCGGAACGUUCGGCAGUAGCGUAUAACGUCAUCGUCAGACUGCAGAAGAGAGAACGAGAGGCAGGACAGAGUGAGAGAAAGAGAUAGCCAAAGGUGGAAAGGCAUGUGACGAGGGGAAAGGAGUCGCGGAGGACAGGAGCUAGAAGAGACAGCGGCUGCGGGAAAAGCGCCUGUGGGAAAGCUGGACCUGUUGUGUGCACGUAAAGGCUGAGCGGAAGAAUCGCGGGCAUGUCCAACAAUCAGCUGGUUGAUUCUUGUCUGCUGGUGAAUCGGCGGAUCGAGCAGAGGCAGGAGCACAACAUUACUCGCACUGAAAUCACGCAGAGACGCGUCCUCCAGGAAAAAGGCCCCGACAUGCCGCAGUACACAGGACAAGGUGACACCGAUUAUCACGGGAGCAACGGCCAAGCGGACACGCAUUCUCUGCAUUCUUCCCAUCUAUCGGUGCAGGAUGAUCCCCUGCUCAUAAGGACACACAAGCAGCAAACCUCCCAGCAAGUGACGACGGUGACGAAGGUGGUGCGGGAAGUGUCACACAUGGAGCCGGACCCAGGCGCCGUGAGCUACGUCUCAAUGCCGCUGAUGUCGCAGGACUACCAGCACGCGGACCCGCGCUACGCUGCCGAUCCCUACGUCGUCAAUUACGACCACUACGACCCGUACCUGGGAUACGCCCCGCAGCCUGGCUACCCGGGCCCCCACGGUAUCUACAUGCCUCGAUCACAUUCUCCUCAUAGCCCCCAUAGUCCCUCUGAGCACAGUCGCGCUUCUCCGCCACAUGAAUAUUUGGGAAAAGGAGCGCCGUUCGUCGAGGGGGGUUACAAUGAUAUAGAUCCAGGCUUGAAUCCUGCUUUGCAAGAUCAUUUUCGCAUCACUCCGAGUCCCGGAGGCCCCGGAGAUCAAUAUGAUCAAAUUAGUAACUCGUGGAACAUGGACGAUUCCGGCGAGCCUUCGCAGCACCCGAUCGACGAGGGCAAAGUGGGCUACGGCUACGUUUCCCCGUCGCCUUAUGGCCCGGUCGGCUACGGACCCGUCGUCGGAGUGGGCGGUGGCGUACCCGUGGGUGCCGACGUCUCUGGCUACGAGGACGGCGUCGUCGGACACGUACCCGUGGGAGCGAUUCCGAGCGCAGCUAUGUACGAGGAAGAGGUGCACCUGCAGCGACUCAAGGCCCGCCACCCGAUGGUCCCGGGCAUGGUGAGCCCCCUCGACGACGACCACAAGUCCAUGCGCUGGCGCGACCCCAACCUCUCCGAGGUCAUUGGUUUUCUGAGCAACCCCAAUAACAUAAUCAAAGCCAACGCCGCGGCGUACCUGCAGCAUCUCUGCUACAUGGAUGAUCCUAACAAGCAGAAGACCCGAAGCCUCGGGGGCAUACCACCGUUAGUGCAGCUGCUCGACUCCGAGAACCCGGACGUAUACAGGAACGCUUGCGGCGCCUUGAGGAAUCUCUCGUACGGAAGGCAGAACGAUGAAAACAAGAGGGCCAUCAAGAACGCCGGGGGUGUGCCCGCACUCAUCAAUCUGCUACGCAGGACCUCCGAUGCCGAUGUCAAGGAGCUCGUCACCGGAGUUUUGUGGAAUCUCUCUUCUUGCGAGGAUCUGAAAAAAUCCAUUAUCGACGACGGGGUUACGAUGGUGGUAAACAACAUAAUAAUCCCACACAGCGGCUGGGAUCCUAGUUCGGCGAGCGGCGAGACCUGCUGGUCGACCGUAUUCAGAAACGCCUCAGGGGUACUGCGCAACGUCUCGAGCGCCGGCGAGUACGCGAGGAAGAAGCUGCGCGAAUGCGACGGCCUCGUCGACGCCCUGCUCUACGUCGUGCGCUCGGCCAUUGAAAAGUCCAACAUUGGCAACAAGAUCGUCGAGAAUUGCGUGUGCAUCCUCAGGAAUCUCAGCUAUCGCUGCCAGGAGGUUGAGGAUCCCAACUACGACAAGCAUCCGAUUCAGUCCAACGUGCAGAACAGGGUAGCGGCACCCACCAAAGCGUACAGUCUAUGUCAAGUCCUCAAUGGUUUUGUCCUAGGCGAAAAUUUGGGAUGUUUUGGCGGCAGCAAAAAGAAGAAGGAUGGCCAGCCCGUGCAGAAGGAGACCAGCAUGACUAGAACGACUAGUCCGCGAACAGAACCGGUCAAAGGAAUGGAGUUACUUUGGCAGCCUGAAGUUGUCCAGUCGUAUCUAAGUCUCUUACAUAACUGUUCAAACCCCGAGACGCUCGAAGCUGCCGCGGGUGCUCUGCAAAACCUGGCAGCUUGCUACUGGCAACCGAGUAUUGAAAUUCGGGCUGCCGUCAGAAAAGAGAAGGGACUGCCCAUUCUCGUAGAAUUAUUAAGGAUGGAGGUCGACAGAGUCGUAUGCGCUGUAGCCACAGCUCUACGGAACUUAGCUAUAGAUCAACGCAAUAAGGAACUUAUAGGAAAAUACGCGAUGAGGGAUCUCAUUCAGAAAUUGCCUUCGGGCAACAACCAGCACGAUCAGGGAACGAGCGACGACACGAUUGCAGCUGUUCUCGCGACCUUGAACGAAGUUAUUAAGAAGAAUGCAGAGUUCUCAAGGUCGCUCUUGGACGCUGGUGGAGUCGAAAGGCUCAUGAAUAUUACGCGACAGAGGCAAAAGUACACACCUCGAGUUCUCAAAUUUGCUGGUCAAGUCUUAUUCACAAUGUGGCAGCAUCAAGAAUUGAGAGACGUGUACAAAAAGCACGGGUGGAAGGAGCAGGACUUUGUGACAAAAACCGUGGCAGCUAGAAAUUCUGGUCCCAAUUCACCUAAUAACGCAAACAGUUAUGAUUGCAGUACAUUAAACCGGCCGAUGGCAAGCCAAGGCAGCACGAGAUACGAAGACAGAACGAUCCAAAGGGGUACACUCAACUCUAAUAAUGUUGGGCGACCCAACAUCUACCAAUCGCAAAACGAGGAGAUCGCAAUGUCAGAUAUGCAGUAUCCAAAACAAGGAACUCACGCGGUACCUGCUGGAGGCGUAUGCGUGUUUCCUACGAAUUCACAGCCGAAACCCGGUGAGCCGCUCUACGCGCAAGUUAACUUGGAGAAGAAAAAGAAACGGCAGUACGAGCUGGGGGUGGCUCAGGCGGGUGGCGUGGCGGCUCCGGGCGCGGCGGCUCAGGCUCCAACCGCCGGGGGCGGCUCCCAGUGGGACGGCGGCGGCGUCGCUCAGGACAACCAGGCCGCGACCGUCAACGUACCGCCGAACUCCGCUGCCGUUUCGGCCGGCGACUCCUGGGUCUAAUCUUCACACGUCCGCUCAAGACAUGCUGAAGAAGCUUCAAAAGAAGAAGAUGAUGCAUACACAGGGUCACACACCACAUCCGCAGCGCAGUAGUCAAAAGGCACCAAUGGCUCUAAUACGACCUCCUUUUUUCAUGGCACAAUUCUAAAUUACGUAAUUUUACACAAGAGACACACACACACACACACGCGUAGCGCUACGUUUUUAAGCUCGCACACACAGACACACACAAUGACACGUGCAUACGUACUGAUUGAAGGUAUAGAGGUAUUGAGCAUAUGCAUGGGGUUGCGUGCACUCUGAGGGCUUGGAUUUUUUUUUUUUUUAAGGGGGUGUGAUGAAGUAUUGAGGAAUACCUACCUUGCCGGUGUGUUAAUUUUGUUUAACUUCUUUAGAUCCGACGAAAUAUGCUGUAUCUAUUUUGUGUCUUCCUUAUCGACGUGAGCAAUCGAUCGAAUAUUCUUUGAUAUCUAUGACAGAAGCUUCAAGAAAUUUGACUGAGGGCUAUUUUAAGAAGAGUGGAAGAUACAAUGCAGAUACUUGUGUUUCGAACGUUUAAGUCGGUAAGGUCGAGAGAAUCAUUGUUACUAUAUGAUCCUUUAAAGACUGUGCAAUAACAGAGGAUGAUCAUUAUUUUUCCAAAUGACUUAUUGUAUUAGUAUCAAUGAAACUUCGUCUCAGAGUGAACGCAAGGACGCACGCGCACACGGAAAAGUGCGUCAACAUCGGUGCGUCCGUCCGGAUCACGUGUUAUAAAUAUUAUAUAUACAAGGCUAAAAGUAAAUAUAUAUUGUACGAGGACGAGAUUGCACGUGCGUAGUAUAUAGCGAAUUAUGUUAUAUAACUGUGCAAACGAUGCAUCGCGUACGAAAAGGGAAUGAACUUUCAAGGCAGUAGGUGUGGCAGAGAAGACGGCUAAUUCUCACACGAGCUACCCCACCGCGAAAAGUCGAGCGUGUAAGACGAGGCGACGAAACAGCAAAGCUGCAUUUUCAUUUUUUUAUUUUAUUUAGCUCGUUUUUUAUCGGUUUGUUCGCGAGCGUUUCGUCCCUCGGCUUUCUUCGCUCUCGUACACACCGUUGCUAAUAAUAUUAGUGUUGCGCAUAAUACAUGAGACGUGUAUAUCGAAAGCGAUUAACUUAAAAAAAUACUAGCUGGCAUACCAGAUUUGUCGCUAAUUUUAUCGGAGAUGAGAACGAAUAGUAAUUAGUAAUAUUAUGGUAUUGAAAGAGAUGGCCCAUGAGCGUAAAUGUUAUAUUAUAUCUUGUUCUAUUUCGCAAAUAAUAUUACAAUAGUUAAUGAGUAUCUGAGAGAUAACUAAUCGAGAAAAAGAAUAUGUAUUAUUGAUGAAGAAGAAAACGUAAUCGAAGAUCACGUUUUUAUAUAUAUUGUGAAAUUGCAUUUGUCGUUCGAUGCAAUACCGUCAAUUUAAAAAAAAAAAAAGAUAGCAAAGAAGAUGAAUAAGAAACUUCACGAAUUUAUUAUUGAAAACAUUGAGAUGAAAUUGACCUGUAGUAGUUGAGCGAAAGGUUUUCUGUUGAGAGAAUUAUCAAUAUAUAUAUAGAUUUUAUUGAGUGACGUAGAAUCCUAUGAAAUUAUUUUUUAAGUUGAUUGUUAUAAGUAGGGAAUGAAUGUAAUAUGUUCGAGUUAAUUGUGACGAAGCGUCAGACGCCGAUGUCUCUGAAGAGUUUACACACAAGUUUUUUACUCAUGACGUAAUACACGGUGACUAGAUUCUGACGAAGGUUUAAAAUGAAAUUAUGAUAUACACCAAAAUAUUAUAUGAUAAAUAUAUAAGAUAAAUAAAAAGUGUGUUGUAUAGAUUUAAAAAUUAUUAUACGAAAUCCGUACAAUGCAUUGACUUUUAAAAUUUCAAGUUCGACAACCACACGACCUAAUUUUUCGAUAAAACGUCUACACCGAUUCCGAUAUGGAUGACUUUUCUUUGCUUCAUGUGAUAAUCUGACGAUCUUUUUGCAAUUGUCUUGCAACCCCAAAAUUACGUAUGAAAAAAAAAUUAAGUGGCGCCGGAAAGUUAAUAGAUACAUGAAAAGUUUUCAAGCUAUAUACACUGUAUACACACUUAAAGUAACAAACAGAUAACUAUAAAAUCCGUAGUAUUAUCCUGAUCGUACCGUCUUUUGACUGGUCAAGGUUUUAUAUGUGCUUCUCCUUUUGUAUUUUGUAAACUGCGUUUAUAAUUUUCUACGAAACGACUGCUUAAACUCAUGUACAGUAGACCGAAUGAAAGCUCAGCAUACGAGUGAGCAGAAACAAAGUAUUUCGAAUGUCGGCAUCAUGUAAUUAAGCCCGAUAGAUAUCGCAAGAGAAAACAAAACGAGAGAAAAAAAUAGAAUGGUCAAGGGACACAGAAUCUUUCGGAACAUGUGAAAAAACACAUAGCGUACGUAGUUCUUCAAGAUGAAAUUUCCAUGUCAGACUUCAUUGUUUUGCUUCGACGGUUUUACUUUAACCAACUUGUACACCUUUUACAGCGAAUUCACGUUCUUGGAGAACUAAAACGUAUUUCCCAGCGAUUAUAAUAAACUCUACUACGACUAAUGUC